CUCAGUUUUCAAGAAGCCAUCAGCAAGUAUGUGCAGACUUGUAAUUUUGGCCGCACUUGUUGCGGUUACGAUUCCAGUUGCACAUAGUGCUAGAAUAAUUGGCAUCUUCAUGACACCUAGUUACAGUCAUCAAGUGGUAUUUCAACCUAUUUGGAAGGAACUAUCAUUGCAAGGACACGAGGUGACGGUCAUCACACCAAAUCCCCUUAACGAUCCAACACUGACCAACUUAACCGAGAUUGAUAUCGGCGAAAUUAGCUAUGAAUCCUGGAAGAAAUCAUCUUUAUCCACUCUGGGUAUGUCUGCACACAGUACCAUGGAGGAAUUGAAGGCAAUCACGAAGGCUUACAUAGAUGUUAGUCAUGUACAACUUUCUCAUCCUGUUUUUCAAAAACUGAUCCAUGAAAAGAGCAAGGAAAAAUAUGACUUGUUUCUGGUGGAAUAUCUUUGGCCCACCAUGUAUCCUUUCAAGGAUAUCUUUGACUGCCCCAUGGUGGGUAUUGUUUCUCUUCCAUUGCUUAGUAGUGCUUACGUUAACUUAGGAAUACCUCGCCAUCCAGUUUUGGAUCCAGAUUAUGUCCUUCCGUUCUCUACAGAUUUGACAUUCAAGGAAAGGAUUACAAGUACUUUAUUUACUUUACUAAAUACUAUUGGAGGACCUUUAACUCUUAAACCCAAAAUCAAUGCAGUUACCAAACAAUACUUUGGAGACGACGUAAGAGAUUACAGAGAAAUUGCCAAAGAAGUAAGCCUUGUCAUCGCUAACAGUAACUUAGCGACACAAAACGUCAAACUCGGAGUACCACAGUUAGUUGAGAUUUCUGGAAUUCAUAUAAAACCAAAGAAGCCACUACCAAAAGAUUUGCAAAAAAUAUUAGAUGAUGCAACAGAAGGAGUAAUUUACUUCAGUCUCGGUUCUAAUGUCAAGAGUUCACAGCUACCAAAAGAAAAAAUUGAAGAAUUUAUGAAUGCAUUUGUUGGUCUCCCCUACAAAGUAUUGUGGAAGUUUGAAACCGACGAUAUUCCGAACCUUCCCAAGAACGUCGUGGUAAGGAAAUGGUUGCCACAACAAGACCUUCUCGGUCAUCCGAAUGUUAAAUUGUUCAUCACGCAAGGAGGUCUUCAAUCUAUAGACGAAGCCUUAGCUAAUAAAGUACCAGUACUUACAAUCCCGUUCUUUGGUGACCAAAGAUUCAAUUCAGAUAGGAUGUUCAGGAAUGGAGGAGGACUUAUGAUUAACUUCCACUCUUUCACCAGUGAAGAAAUGAGAGAGAAGAUUCUUACUCUGCUCACUGACAAAAGGUAUCAAGAAAAAAUAAACCAACUCAGUGAAAUCGCGUUCGACCAUCCAAUGUCGCCAGUUGAUAAAGCAGUAUGGCAUAUCAAUUACGUGUUGAGACACAAAGGUGCUGACCAUCUUAGGCACAAAGCAGUCAAUAUGCCAUGGUACCAGUUCCAGAUGUUAGAUGUUUAUGCCGUUCUCGUUAUCUCACUCGCCAUUAUUUUGACCAUUAUUUCCAAAAUUACUUUUAAAGUAUUCAAGGGAGUCAAAAGUGUUGUGCGAAGUUUGGGGAUUAUGACGCCAACAAAGAAGAAGGUGCUGUGAUAAUCUUGAAAUCAGAUCUGUACAAGAAUCUUAGGUUAGGCGCAACGUUUUUAUACCACUUGAUGAAUAAAUUGAUUUAAAGUUUA